UUGCUUGAGUGAAAAGCCAGGACGAUAGCUCCGUCGUGCAUAAGGAGGAAGAAGAUCGAGCGGGAGAGCGGAGCAGGUGCUGUCAGAAGGAGAGAGAUCGGAGGAGAGGAACAAUGGAAGAUUCGAAGGUUAUCGCGCACGAGAUCGGAGGAGUCCAGAACGACGCUCUUCGGUUCGGCCUUCACGGCGUGAAGGGCGACAUAGUCGGCUCUCACCCCCUGGAGUCCUCCUACCAAUCUGCAAGGAAGACGCAAGAUGAAAUCAAAAGAAAGUUCCUUGCCAACACUUACGGGACAGCUUUACCUCUAAAGAUGGACCUCGAUAGGCAGAUUCUUUCUCGGUUUCAGCGACCCCCAGGAGUAAUCCCUUCAUCUAUGUUGGGUCUGGAGGCUAUGACAGGCACCUUGGAUGACUUUGGUUUUGAGGAUUACUUGAAUGACCCUCGUGACUCAGAGACUUUCCGGCCAUUGGACAUGCACCAUGGUAUGGAAGUUCGUCUUGGACUCUCCAAGGGACCAAUCUGUCCAAGCUUCAUUUAAUUCGGAGAUGUUUAGGAGCAUCCCCAAAUGGUUCUCAGUUCUCAGUUACUCCUUGUGUGUUAAGGAUAUCUCUAUUUUAUUUUUCAAGUGAGACUGAGCAGCAGAGAUGUUUUCAUGAAAUCGAACGGCAUGUGCUAUCUUUGUCCUUGUUUGGUUGUUCUGAUUCUCUCUUUGCUUGGAUCAAUUAUGCUGGUGAUUUAAUGGUUUGCUGUAUGCCAAAAUAGUACCUGGUGUACUUUGAGAAUUUGGGAAAAAAGAGAACUGGAUUUGGGCAAA